AUGACACUUCGACGCUUUGGCCAUUCGUGGCGUUCGAUUGAUGGUUUUCUCAAAGAUAUUGGUGCUAUGACAGCAAAAACAUCUCACAAAUGGGCUGAUGUGCUCAUAAAUCAAGAUUUCGACGAAUUCAACUAUGAUUCUCGUGGUGGAAAGCGAGGCGACAGCUUCUUCGAUCUCUGGAAUUGGAAGCCCGUCAAU